CGGCGCCAUUUUCCAUGUUAUUUCAUUUCUGUGAGGAAGAUUUUGUGUUUUUAAGCUCAGAAACCGGAUUAAAUCUCGAGCUGCGGGGUUUUAAUUCUUAUCCGGACCUUCUUCUAUCUGCAGAGGAGGAGGAGGAGGGCGCGGGAAGCGUCUUUGCAGCGGGGUUUAUUCCUGCAGAGCGCAGACAUGUACAUUAAACAGGUUAUUAUCCAGGGCUUCCGCAGUUACAGAGACCAGACUGUGGUUGACCCCUUCAGCUCCAAACACAAUGUCAUCGUUGGUCGAAAUGGAUCUGGAAAGAGUAACUUCUUUUACGCUAUUCAGUUUGUGCUCAGUGAUGAGUUCAGCCAUUUACGCCCCGAGCAGCGCCUUGCCUUGCUGCACGAAGGCACUGGACCUCGAGUCAUUUCCGCUUUUGUGGAAAUCAUAUUCGACAACUCUGACAACAGGCUGCCGAUUGACAAAGAGGAGGUGUCGCUGCGGCGUGUGAUUGGAGCGAAAAAGGAUCAGUACUUCCUGGACAAGAAAAUGGUGACUAAAAACGAUGUGAUGAACUUGCUGGAGAGCGCAGGUUUCUCCCGCAGUAACCCGUACUACAUCGUAAAGCAGGGAAAGAUUAACCAGAUGGCCACGGCUCCUGACUCACAGCGCCUGAAGCUCCUGAGGGAGGUGGCGGGCACCAGAGUGUAUGAUGAGCGUAAGGAGGAGAGCAUCUCCCUAAUGAAGGAAACAGAGGGGAAGAGAGAGAAGAUUAAUGAGCUGCUGAAGUACAUAGAGGAGCGUCUGCACACGCUGGAGGAUGAGAAGGAGGAGCUGGCUCAGUAUCAGAAAUGGGAUAAGAUGAGGAGAGCCCUGGAGUAUACCAUCUACAAUCAGGAGCUCAACGAGACCCGCGCCAAACUCGACGAGCUGUCCUCUAAGAGAGAGACGUGCGGAGACAAAUCCAGGCAGCUACGAGACGCUCAGCAAGACGCGAGAGACAAAGUGGAGGAGACGGAGCGCGUGGUGCGGGAGCUGAAAGCUCGUAUCUCCGCGAUGAAGGAGGAGAAGGAGCAGCUGAGUGCGGAGCGGCAGGAGCAGAUCAAACAGAGGACUAAACUGGAGCUCAAAGCCAAAGACCUGCAGGACGAGCUGGCAGGAAACAGCGAACAGAGGAAACGGCUGCUGAAAGAGAGGCAGAAGCUGUUGGAGAAGAUCGAGGAGAAGCAGAAAGAGCUGCAGGAAACCGAACCCAAAUUCAACACUGUGAAGGAGAAAGAGGAGCGAGGCAUCGCCAGACUGGCACAGGCCACUCAGGAGCGCACAGACCUUUACGCCAAGCAGGGCCGCGGCAGCCAGUUCACCUCCAAAGAGGAGAGGGACAAGUGGAUUAAGAAGGAGCUGAAGUCUCUCGAUCAGGCCAUCAACGACAAAAAGCGACAGAUUGCCGCCAUUCACAAAGACCUGGAGGACACCGAGGCCAACAAGGAGAAGAACCUGGAGCAGUAUAAUAAACUGGACCAAGACCUGAAUGAGGUGAAAACCCGCGUGGAGGAGUUGGAUAAGAAAUACUAUGAGGUGAAGAACAGGAAGGAUGAGCUGCAGAGUGAGAGAAACUACCUGUGGAGAGAGGAGAACGCAGAGCAGCAGGCCCUGGCAGCCAAGAGAGAAGACCUGGAGAAGAAACAGCAGCUGCUGCGAGCAGCUACUGGGAAGGCCAUUCUGAACGGCAUCGACAGCAUCAAUAAGGUGUUGGAGCACUUCCGCCGGAAAGGCAUCAACCAGCACGUCAUCAACGGCUACCACGGCAUCGUCAUGAACAACUUUGAGUGUGAGCCUGCCUUCUACACCUGUGUGGAGGUGACUGCUGGAACCAGGUUGUUUUAUCACAUCGUAGAGACGGACGAAGUGAGCACCAAGAUUCUCAUGGAGUUUAAUAAGAUGAACCUGCCUGGAGAAGUCACCUUCCUGCCCCUCAGCAAACUGGACGUCAGAGACACUGCAUACCCCGAGACCAAUGAUGCCAUACCGAUGAUCAGCAAGUUGCGAUACAGUCCAAACUUUGAUAAAGCGUUUAAGCACGUGUUUGGAAAAACACUCAUCUGCCGCAGUAUGGAGGUCUCUACCCAGCUUGCCCGAGCUUUCACCAUGGACUGCAUCACUCUAGAGGGUGACCAGGUGAGUCAUCGUGGCGCUCUGACAGGUGGGUACUAUGACACACGGAAGUCUCGCUUGGAGCUUCAGAAAGACAUGAGGAAAGCUGAGGAGGAGCUCUCUGAGUUGGAGGCUAAACUUAACGAGAACCUGCGCAGAAACAUCGAACGUAUCAAUAACGAGAUCGAUCAACUGAUGAACCAAAUGCAGCAGAUUGAGACACAGCAAAGAAAGUUCAAGGCCUCCAGAGACAGCAUCCUGUCUGAAAUGAAGAUGCUGAAGGAGAAGAGGCAGCAGUCGGAGAAAACCUUCAUGCCAAAGCAACGCAGUCUGCAGAGUCUGGAGGCCAGUCUUCAUGCGAUGGAAAGCACGAGGGAGUCUCUGAAGGCUGAGCUUGGGACCGACCUGCUCUCUCAGCUCAGCCUGGAGGACCAGCGUCGGGUUGAUGAUCUGAACGAUGAGAUCAGACAGCUGCAGCAGGACAACAGGCAGCUGCUGAAUGAGAGAAUUAAACUGGAGGGCAUUAUGACCAGAGUGGAAACGUAUCUGAAUGAGAACCUGCGCAAACGUCUGGAUCAGGUGGAACAGGAGCUGAAUGAACUGCGGGAGACAGAGGGAGGGACGGUCCUCACGGCCACGACUUCAGAAUUAGACGGCAUCAACAAACGCAUUAAAGACACCAUGGCUCGCUCAGAGGACCUAGACUCGCUGAUUGAUAAGACAGAGAUCGAGAUAAAGGACCACAUAAAGAGCAUGGAGCGCUGGAAGAACAUUGAGAAGGAGCAGAACGAUGCCAUCAACCACGACACCAAGGAGCUGGAGAAGAUGACCAAUCGGCAGGGGAUGUUGCUGAAGAAGAAAGAGGAGUGCAUGAAGAAGAUCCGUGAGCUCGGCUCGCUGCCUCAGGAAGCUUUCGAGAAGUAUCAGACGCUCACGCUCAAACAGCUCUUCCGUAAGCUGGAGCAGUGUAACACAGAGCUGAAGAAGUACAGUCAUGUGAAUAAGAAAGCUCUGGACCAGUUCGUGAACUUCUCUGAGCAGAAGGAGAAGCUGAUUAAGAGACAGGACGAGCUGGACCGGGGAUACAAAUCCAUCAUGGAGCUCAUGAACGUUCUGGAGCUGCGCAAAUACGAGGCCAUCCAGCUCACGUUCAAACAGGUGUCGAAGAACUUCAGCGAGGUGUUUCAGAAGCUGGUUCCUGGAGGUAAAGCCACUCUGGUGAUGAAGAAGGGAGACGCUGAAGGGGGACAGUCUCAGGACGAGGGGGAGGGCGGGGCAGACAGUGAGAAAGGCUCCGCCUCCCAGAGCAGCGUACCCAGUGUUGACCAGUUCACUGGAGUCGGCAUCCGGGUGUCUUUCACAGGUAAGCAGGGAGAGAUGAGGGAGAUGCAGCAGCUCUCUGGAGGUCAGAAGUCUCUCGUGGCGCUCGCUCUCAUCUUUGCCAUCCAGAAGUGCGACCCGGCUCCUUUCUACCUGUUUGAUGAAAUCGACCAGGCUCUCGACGCCCAGCAUAGAAAAGCCGUGUCAGACAUGAUUGUGGAGCUGGCGGGUCACGCUCAGUUCAUCACCACCACCUUCAGACCGGAGCUGCUGGAGUCGGCCGAUAAAUUCUAUGGAGUGAAAUUCAGAAAUAAGGUGAGUCACAUCGACGUGAUCUCAGCCGAGCAGGCCAAGGACUUUGUGGAGGAUGACACCACUCACGGCUGAGUGAUGAAGACUCCUCCUCCUCCUCCUCUCUCGCUCUCUGUUCUUGUUCUGCAUUUGUUCGGCUCACUGCGAGUGAAUUAAAUCUGUAACCGUUUUUUCUAAUCUUCAUUUCAGGCAGGUUUAUGUUUUUGUAAGCUGUUGUUGUGUUUUGGGGGGGUUUAAGGGUUUUUUGUUAAAUCCUGUAUUUCAAAACAGAAAGAAAAACACUGAAAAGCAUGUUCGUUUUUUAUUAUUAUAAUUAUUAUUCUGCUGAAAUGUGCUGUGCUGUUUUGACUUUUCGUUUAUUUCAGUUUGAAGCCGAUUGAGAGGGAGCUCCGCUGUUGUUCUUCGUAAAUUAAAAGGUUGAGUCGUGUUGAUAAUUUGAGAUUUUAGAGAUAUUUUAAAGUAAACAGAGUGAUGGUGACGCAUGUUCAGCUGCCCUGUGUUGGUUUAUAUUGAAACCUGUUUAAAUCCUACAGAAAAAGCGGAGACGUCCCUCUAUCAGGCUUCAAUUUGAAAUAAUUGAAUGUACAAUUUUUUUAAAGGAACCUGUUAAAUAUUUCUCUCAUUUUGUAGCUUCCCUGAUAUAUUUAGCAGUUCUUAGACUAUUUUAGGUUUUGCAAAGUAGUCUAAAGUAGUUAAUUUUACCCAAUAUCCCAGUUUAAUGUUUUUUUUUUUGUUUGUUUUGUUUUGUUUUUUUCUUUGCGUUUUUUUUUUUCACCCAUUUGUCCAAACCAAUAAAUAAAGAUACCCGAACGUUCA